AUGGCUGCGCCUCGCUCAUCUUCCCUGCGUGCUCUCCGCCACCUCACCCAGCAGCCCAUUGCUGCCCCCAUGACCCGCCGUGGUCUACACAUCACUGGCGUCCAGUCGGCUCAACCGGCUAACCCCGCUGACAAGGCCUCGUUGUACGCCGCACGCACUCUCCCAGAGCUCAAGUCGGAGUGCCAAAGACGCUCGAUCCGUGCUGCUGGCAGCAAGUCCGAGCUGAUUGAGCGUCUCUCCAACCAUGAUGUCCUGCAAUCCCGUGCAUUCAGCAUUGCCAUGCGCCGUAUUAACAGCAAUGCCUUUGCCGACCAACCAACCCGCCAAUUCAACACUUCCCGUGCCUCCAAGGCUAUCGGUGACUCAUCUACUGUCGACUUCAUCUACAUGCCUUCGAUGGCCGAGCUCGAUGCCGCCCCCGUCCACACCCACCCCCGCGUCCCGGUCCUUCCCGACCUGUUCUCGCACCACGAGUCCUCCACUCCCUCCGCCCCACCCAUGAAGCCUCAGAUCUACACUGUUUCCGGCGGCGACGUCAGCGCCGCCUCCCCCAUGAGUGAGGUCGUCGACAAUCACGCCGUCGAUCUUGAUCCCUUCUCGCUUACCGAGGCUGUUGGCCGCUCGCGGAUCGGCGAGGAACUGCAGCGCCGCCAGAAUGGCUCAUCCAAAGAGCCCGGUGUUGUGCGUGAGCUCUGGUCUGGCUUCUUGGACGAUGUCCUCGGUCCCAAACAGGCUGCGUCGUUGCACAAGUAG